UCAAAGAAAGCUGUUAUUUUACACCCAUAAACAAUAACAUUCCGUCCAAAUUUUCACCGAUUUUUCCCAUUUUCGCGGUGAAUUUGCACUCAAAUCACAGAUCUUCCUACUCUCUAGACGUAUCCAGGUGCCUGUGAAUUGCGAUGGCGAGGUGAAAGGGCCGCAAAAACAGUAUUUCUGGUACCUGGUUUCCGCCCCUUUUGUGAAUCACACCUUUUUUGUUAUGCGAACCAUGCUUCUCUGUGUUCUGAUGUUUGGCGUCCUCCUGGCCGCCGCCCAGGAGAAUGAUGGCACUGUGGGAUGUUUUAAGAAGAGCUUCCGCCCAAUUGCAACCAAUACCCACGUCGGCACGGCGACAGAGUGCGCAGAAAAGUGCCGCGAAGGCUUCUUCAAGUAUGCAGUUGUUCAGAGCACUUCCUGCUCUUGCUCCAACACGUAUCCUACUGAUCCCGCAGAAAAACUUGAUCCAGGGCGAUGCAACAUUCAGUGUAGCAAGAACAAAGACGAAUUCUGUGGCGGCGACGAUGUCGAGAGCUACUAUGAAACCAAUCUCAGUGUUCCCGGGCCACCCAAACACCUCCGGAUGGAUCUGGACACGGUAAAGAACACUUCCUUCACUAUCCUGUGGGAACCGCCGGACGCGAGCAACUUCCUGAUGCAGUACGCCAUCACGGCUCGUGUCAUCCACACUUUCGCGCAUCGGAUGCUCGUCCCGAUUGAGUGGAGAGCGGCGAGGACUGAUGUCCAACAGGAGUUGGUGGAGUUGCAUCCGGCCACGAGGUACAACAUCAGUGUGACUUGUCUCUCGGCCACAGAGGAGGGCGGCAGUGCGUGGAUUGUGGCAGAAACGCGCGUUGGUGUGCCAAGUCAAGCGCCUCCAGAGCCAAAGAUUAUGGCCAGAGAUGAGAGGACAAUCACAGUGCAGAUAAAUCCCAUUGAGAAUGGGAAUGGCCCCAUCACUUUCUACCGCGUGGUUGUGGCUUUCGUGAACUACGGCCUGGUGCAGAACUUCGACUUGGCACUGCUGAAGGACUACCGUGGCUCCCGGGAGGAUGGCACGCAGUAUUACAUUGCAGCGGAGCUGGAUUUGAAGAACACCAGUCGCUUGUUCCGUGUGGGUGACGGUCAGAACUAUCGUGGCUUCUACAACGCACCGUUGCCGGAAAACAGCCAUGUCCACAUUAAGAUUGGCGUCGUCAGUAGUCUCAGCGGCGUCACGACUUAUCGCUACAGUGAUGAUUCUCACGACCAGCACGAGGGUAUAAUUUUGGACACCAACGCGGACUCUGAGGAGGACAACAGCGUCAUGAUUGCCGUGCUGACUGUGGCAUGCAUCAUCCUGGGCAUCUUGCUGGUCGGCAGUGUGGCCAUGUACUUCUACUUGCGGAAAAGAGUGCAAUCCACGCGCCGCAGAUUCACUGACGUGCAUGAAUUGACACUCCAAGGACCGAUUGUGGAAGUUGAGAACAACGGCUUCAUCGGUGAUGAACUCGACAAAGGGAACUUCAAUGAACAAUUGAGGAUGCUGCUGGAGAAGUUGGGCACUUCUCAAAAGAUCCCACGGAAUGCCCUGUCAAUGGAGAUUGACAACAUCCUUGGCACGGGACGCUUUGGGGAUGUCAUCCAGGGCAGAGUGAAUUCCGUGGGUGACUUUCAUCAGUGCCACAUUCACGUUGUCUCAGACGAUAUGGAGCAGCACGACCAGAGCCUCUUCCUCAAGGAGUUUGACCAGGUACUCAGGGUGACUCCUCAUCGCUCAAUCCUGAACUUCCUGGGCGUGUGCCAGACCAGCGACUGGUUGUACGUGAUUUUCGAGGGAUGCAAUGUGAAUCUGAAGAAGCGCUUGGUGGACUCUCGCUUGCCGCCCAACUUCGAUCCGCGUCGCAUGACUUCCCUGUCGGAGGAGUUUGUCCUGCGCAUCCUCUGUGAUGUGUGCGAUGCCAUGGAGUACUUAUCGGCCAAUAAGAUCGUCCACAGGCAACUGUGCGCCCACAAUAUCAGCCUCACGACUGAGGAUGAACCCAAGUUGUCCAUCUUCGGGCCGACACUGUUCACGGAAGAGAACAAAAUAAUUGACCUAACUCGCUUCCAGCCGCCAGAAGUGCUCAAGUUCCAGAACUACUCCUCAGCCAGCGACGUGUGGUCUUUCGGCUGCCUCAUGUGGGAGUGCUGCACAGUGGGUGGCACGCUUUUCCCCAGCGUCCCGGCUGUGGACCUCAUGGGCAGGCUGAAGAACGGCGUGCGACCCGAACAAACCCCUUUUCUCUUUGACGAUCUCUACCAGCUCAUGCUGAACUGCUGGCAGCUCGACUCACGCGAACGCGUGACAUUCACGGAGAUCGCCAGCAACCUCCACCAGAUGUUGGCCACGUCGCCCAGGCAUGUACUGGACUUCGACCGGAGGGAUCGGGUGACUCUGCCCUAUUACCUGCCGCUGCUGGAAAUCAAAAACUAGAGCAAGCACUGAACCACAGAAUCUUCACCGAAUCUCAAGGAGCAUUCCACGGUAUUUUUGUGCAGUUUUUUUUUUUUACUUAAAAGACAAACUUUUAAAGCGAAUAAAGACAA